GAUGAUGUCGCUCAUCUUUUCAGACUAAGUUCAACAUGACUCUGGACCAUCGCUCCCGAAUCUUCCAAAAUCUGAACGGAGCUGUUGAGGAAGUCGUCUUGAAGUUUGAGAGGGCAAAGGUCAGAGCAAGGAACGUGGCCUAUGACACACUUCCUGUCAUUAUCCACGGCAACGGCCCCACCAAGCUGCAGCUGAACUAUCUUGGGAACUACGUUCCCACAGCGUGGACCUUUGAGAACGGCUGUGGGAUCUGUGACGACGACCUGCUGUUCUUCAACGACAUACCUGAUGAGGAGAUGCCUCUGAUUUACGUUGCCGUGUUUAUCGAACACGCCACCCCCUUCAUGGAGGAGUUCUUGGAGCGGCUGACGACGCUGAAUUACCCGCUGACGAGGAUCCGCCUCUUCGUCCACAACAACGUACGACGCAAACACAACGAUCAGUUCUCGUUGGUUCUGAUGGGUUCUCGUUGGUUCUGA